AUGUACCAAACCGAUAUGAAAUUCUGUAGUAGCUAUUUUCUGGUCGAUCCGACCAAAGCGAGUGUUCUUGAUCUCCUUCUCCUUUUAUUUUUCCCCAACCUGACCAACACAGGAUUCAUAGAUUCUCCCCCGGACACGCUCAAAAGCGUCCGGAGAACUUUCGCAAGUCGAUGGAUCAUUGUGUUAGCCGUUUUGGUUCAAAAGAUAUUAAUGCUCUUAAGAGAACCCUUUGCAUCCGUAGGUCGUUUCCUCACCUAUUGGCCUAAUCUUCUUACGGCAAAUGGAGGCUUCUUCAAGUUGAUACUUCAUAUUUUGACAGGAAAGUUGGUACAGCCUGAGGAAUCGUCGGCGACAUAUGUGUCAUUUGUAGGAUGCACAGAUCGAAGAGUAGAGCUUGACAAGAAGAUAAGUGUUGGUACCAUCGAGUACAAGUCGAUGUUGUCAAUAAUGGCUUCUAAGAUGGACUUCGUGAGUUACUACGACUUUUACAACG